UGAUUUAGUACGGAAACGGUGUUUCUUAAAAACGCACUUUUGGUUCUUUAUACCCAUUUACUCAUUGUAUUCUAAACUGAAAACAGCGUCCAGUGUUUUUGUCAUCUGAAAAAUACAGUGUUUUAUACCAUCCUUAUUUAUAUUUUUCAAAUUUAUCUUUAAUAUAAAUAAACAUGCCCGGGUUUUUUGCGCGUUCGGGGAGUGUAUCACGUAAACUAUUCAAACAACUCGGAUCAUCAGUUUCCUUUGGUGAUUUUUCAGAAUAUGGUACAGCUGAACAGAACCAAUUAUAUGAGCGGCAGCCAUGGCAGAAACUUUUGUUGAUAUUCUUAGUUGAACUGAUUGGUACUGCGAUUUUAAUGUUAUUUGGUUGCAUAGGAUUAGUUCCUAAACAUCCAGGCAGUGAAGUUGGUGAAUAUAAUGGUGCUAUUGGAUUUGCUGGAAUUGUAGCUGUUAUUAUUGUUAUUAUUGGUCGCAUCAGUGACUGUCAUAUAAAUCCAUGUGUUACAUUAUGUGCAUUACUGCUUGGUAAAUUACCAAUAUUGACAGCUUUUGUUUAUUUCUCUGCUGAGUUUUUAGGAGCUAUCAUCGGUUAUGGAGUUUUAGUGGUUAUUUCACCUUAUAAUAUAUUGAGUUCAUCGACAGAUUCUUCUGGAAUUUGUGUAACAAGCCCAGUUGUUGGAUUGGCUGCAUGGCAAGCCCUUCUAAUUGAAGCUAUAACAACUGGAGUUUUAAUACUUCUAGUAUGUGCUGUCUGGGAUCCUAAAAGUGGUAAUGGAGAUUGUGGUUCUCUGAAAUUUUUAGUUAUGAUAUUCUUGACAUCAGUUGUUAUUGGUCCUUUCACUGGAAACAGUUUGAACCCAGCACGAUCAUUAGCACCAGCAAUUUAUAACAACUCAUGGGAUAUGCAUUGGAUAUACUGGGCUGGUCCAUUUUCUGGAACAAUAGUAUCAACACUUUUUUACAAAUAUAUUGUUAUGGCAUUAGAUAACAACGAACGAGAGAAAUAAAGUGAUAUUAUUUUUUAAAUAGACUUAAGUAUCACAUACCUGACAGCGCUCAAAGCUUCCAUUGUGCUUUUUUUUUUACAUAAAAUGCAGAAGUCAGUGUAAAUUGUGUCUUGUAAUAUCCUUUAGGAUAUAUUUAUCUCCAUAUUUACUUAUCUACUUAAUUAUGUUUUUAUCUCCACCAAAUUAUUUAGUCUUUAUCUGUUUGAUUGUAUUUUACUAGUUUUUUUUUUUAUUGUAUAUGAGUUUUCUUUAUAUAUAAGCUAUGUAUACUAAAUACUUUAUACAUCAAGCUAUCUACAAUGUUGUUUACUAACAGUAUUAUGUAGAUUUAUUUAAGUAAAAAUAACUAAUAUUUAUUUAUUGGCAAUAACUAUUCAUUGUUAUACAAUACUACAUAUUAAUGAUAAUAUGUAUUGUGUAUUUAUAAUGAAUAUAUAUUAUAUUUUUAUUUUAUGUGCAUAAUAAAACUAUUAUAUUUUUAAUGUAAUUAUAAUGUGGUUCAUUUGAAUUAAUAUAAAAUACAUAUGGUAAAACAAUAUGACAAUCUAAAGUUAAGUUUUAUAACUAUAUGAAUGUCCUCAUACUUGAUGAUGUCCAAUGUUAAUAUUAAUUGUGUCUCAGUUCAAUAAGUGAUUGUUUUAUAUAUUAUAUGGUGCCUAACCUUAUCUAUAAUAGUUUUGUACUAAAAUGCACAAAAUAAUGUAUGUAUUAUGUAUUUAUGCAUGUAAUAUGUACCUAUAAUAUAUUAUAGUAUACCUAGUAUAGUAGUUAAUAGUUAAUUAGCAAUAUUUAUAUUUUUUAUACUUUAUUUUUUUUUUUUUGCUGGGAAAUCGAUGUUUAAAUAUCUAUGAAAUACUUUUGUGAUAAUAUAAUUUAUAUUAUUAACUAUUUAAAUAUUUUUUUCUCAUCCAAAGUUUCAGCAAUAUAAUAUUGGUUAUUGUGUGUUUAA